CGGCUACACCGCUCCAAAACCCCUUCGUCUCCACCUCCUCGUUCCCCUCCCGAGCGCAUGGCGAAGCUCUCCUUUGUCGAGGAGGGGAAGGCCACGAAUGGCCUUCCUCGUAAGCGGAAGCGGAGUGGCUGCGGCGGCGGGCGACUGUCGCUGGCGGCGGCGGCGGCGGCGGCGGCGGAGGAGGACGGGGAGAGAGAAGGAGGGGUGGAGGAGGAGGAGGAGGAGGAGGAGGAGGAGGAGGCUCCUCUGAAGGAGAGGAGUGAGAUGAUCGGUGUUAACAUCGACUCUCAUUAUCUCGAAUGCUUUAUUUGCAUUGAGCCCUUGGGCCCCCCGCUCUAUCAGUGCCGUAAUGGUCAUGUGGUGUGCUUUUCCUGCUGGUCGAAGCGUGAUAACAGAUGCUACAUGUGCUCUGAUGAAGGUAACUGCACUCGCAACAUCUGGCUCGAGAAGAUAAUCGAGUCAAUAAAAGUCUCGUGCUCGUACGCCAAAUGGGGCUGCCGCGAAAGCAUAAAUUUUGCACAGAAGACCGCCCACAAAGAGACUUGCAUCUUUGCACCAUCCAAGUGCCCAUUCCACGGCUGCAUCUAUAAAGGUUACAAAGGAUUGUGGCCAAUCCACUUCAUUAUGAUCCACAGCAAGACUCCGAAGAGGUUCAAAUACAACCAAGUGUUCAAAAUCAGUGUACCAACUAGGGAUCCGUUUACGGUUCUUAUAGCUGGGGAUGAUUAUAUAGGAAAGCACGUAUUCCUACUACUGCACAACAGUUUCGAGCUUGUGGGUUGUGCUUUUUCCUUGGUGUGCCUUCAAAGCGGCGUUUCGACUUGGCAGUUCUCGUAUGAUAUAGAGGUGAAUACCGGAAACAGACCUCCUCUACAGUUCAAGGCUAAUGUAGGUGUUAUAAAGGAGUGGAAAGGAGUCCACCCGACAGAUGCUUCUCUUAUGGUGCCCUCUGAUUUCCGUAAUUCUGAUGGCGAAUUUCUGCUCGAUCUCUGCAUUCGUAAAACUGGAUCUUCUGCUGUAAAGAAGAAGUGCGCGGGUGGAGCCUCGAGUUGUUAGUAAUAGUAACAUUUUGAUAGUGGAAUUUUGGGGAUGUAUAUUUUGAAACCUAAAGCACCAAAAAGUUAAGCAUAUUAUGCUGAAUAUAUGGAAUGGUAACUUAGUAAUGUGUCACACAUGAUAUACCUUCUAUUAUUUUGUAUAGUAUCUGUUUUCUAGUCUUUUGAAGAGACUAUGCAGUGCAAAUCAUGUUAUUAACUUUUUUGAAGUAUAUGCUGAAAUCUGAAUUUUCUUC